CCGGAAGUGUAUUGUAGCGUCAUAGUGUAAGUGCAGUGCGCUUGACAGUAGUGAGCUUUUGGCUAACAACAAUGAGGAGAGGUAGCAAUAGAAACCGUGUUAAAGUGUGCUCCUAAGCUUCUACAAGGUUGAAACUUUCCCUCCCUAUCACAACUUGAUGCAGAGACAGCUUAUUUUGCUGGCUCACAAGACUGUCUGCGAAGGCCUACAACCUCUUGGUACACUUGCCAGGUGUCAGCAACUUUGCAAAGUGUGUGGAGCACUUUCUGUCUCGACACGCUUUAAACAUCUACCUCCAGCUCUUGAUGCUUUAAGCUUUUCCCUUCAAACCCAUCGUUUCUCCUCGGUAUUCCAUAAACACAGGCUCCUCCUAAACGUCCCUCCCCGUCUUUCUUUACGUCAGUGUUUCUCCGACGAGCCAGAUAUGUCAGAACAGAGGUUCAUCGUGGAGUACGCCAAACGCGGCACUGCGGGGUGUAAAAAAUGCAAGGACAAAAUCCCGAAGGAGGUAGUGCGCAUCGGGAAGAUUGUGCCAAACCCGUUCAGCGAGUCUGCAGGGGAGAUGAAGGAGUGGUACCACGUGAAGUGUAUAUUCGAGAAGCUGGAAAGGGCCAGGGCCACCACGAAGAAGAUUGAGGACAUCACAGAUCUGGAGGGCUGGGAGGAGCUGGAGGAUGAAGACAAGGAGAUCAUUAAUAAACAUGUUUCAGACCUGAUGGCAAAAGUCAGUGCAACUCCGAAGAAGAAGGUUCAGGCCAAGUUGAACACCACCGCCCAGCUAUUGGCUCCUCCCGCCGACCCAUCCGUCAACGCGCCACGCAAGUUCUCAGGCUUCACUGCUACAAAGGCCGGCAGCUCUAGCUCCAGCAGCCCGGGACCUUCCUCUUCCCCCGCCAAAGGCAGUGCUCUGUCCGCCCAGCUUUGUGACCUCCGGCACAAGGACUGCCUCUUGCGAGAGUUUCGCAAGCUCUGUGCCAUGGUGGCAGAAAACGCCAGCUACAAUGUCAAGACACAGAUUAUUGAAAAGUUCCUCAAGAAGGGCUCUGGUGGAGAUAAGUUCCACGGAGAUCUUUACCUCACAGUGAAGCUGCUUCUGCCAGGCGUCGUAAAAAGCGUCUACAACCUCAAUGACAAGCAGAUCGUAAAACUCUUCAGCCGCAUAUUCGGGUGCAACCAGGACGACAUGGUGCGCGAUCUGGAGCAGGGCGAUGUGUCUGAGACAGUGAGGAUGUUCUUCGAGGAGAGUAAAUCAUUUCCCGCGGCUGCCAAGAGCCUGCUGACCAUUCAGGAAGUGGACGCAUGCCUGACCCGCCUCGCCCAGCUGACCAAGGAGGAUGAACAGCAGGCUGAGCUGGAGGUUAUUGCCAAAAAAUGCACCAGUAAUGACCUGAAAUGCAUCAUUCGACUUAUUAAACACGACCUGAAGAUGAACGCUGGAGCAAAACAUGUCUUGGAUGCCGUGGAUCCAAAUGCUUACGAUGCCUUCAAGGCCUCGCGUAAUCUGGGUGAUGUGAUUGAACGAGUGUUGAAGAAUCAGCAGGACGCGUCUAAUGGUUCAGGACCCAGGAAGCUCCUCACUGUGGAGGCCUCGCUCAUGACGCCCGUUCAGCCCAUGUUGGCAGAGGCGUGUAAAUCCGUCGAGUACGCCAUGAAGAAAUGCCCCAACGGGAUGUACUCUGAGAUCAAGUAUGAUGGAGAACGUGUGCAGGUCCACAAGAACGGAGACAGCUUCAGCUACUUCAGCCGCAGCCUGAAGCCAGUGCUGCCACACAAAGUGGCCCAUUUCAAGGACUACAUCCCUCAGGCUUUUCCCGGAGGCCACAGUAUGAUAUUGGAUGCUGAAGUCCUCCUAAUUGACACAAAUACCAGUAAACCCCUGCCCUUUGGGACCUUGGGUGUACACAAGAAAGCCGCCUUUCAGGAUGCCAAAGUGUGCCUUUUUGUUUUCGACUGUAUCUACUUCAAUGGCGUGAGUCUCAUGGAGAGGCCUCUGUGUGAGCGCAGGAAGUUCCUGCAUGACAACAUGGUUGAGGUCCCCAACAGGAUCCUUUUCUCAGAGAUGAAGCACGUCACUAGGGGAGGAGAUCUGGCUGAUAUGAUAACUCGUGUCAUCAGAGAGGGACUUGAAGGCCUGGUGCUGAAAGACCUAAAGGGCACCUAUGAACCCGGGAAGCGCCACUGGCUGAAGGUGAAGAAGGACUAUUUGAACGAAGGGGCGAUGGCAGACACCGCUGACCUGGUGGUACUGGGAGCUUUCUAUGGAAAAGGCUCGAACGGGGGCAUCAUGUCCAGUUUUCUAAUGGGCUGCUAUGACCCAGACUCCAAGAAAUGGUGCACAGUCACCAAGUGCUCCGGAGGCUACGAUGACGCCACCUUGGCCAGGCUCCAGAAAGAGCUGGAUGUGAUCAAAAUCAGCAAGGAGCCAAGCAAAAUCCCAGGCUGGUUGAAAAUCAUCAAGAACUAUUAUCCAGAUUUCCUCAUUCGUGAUCCUGAGAGAGCACCUGUCUGGGAGAUCACAGGCGCGGAGUUCUCCAAAUCAGAAAUGCACACCGCUGACGGCAUCUCUAUCCGCUUUCCCCGCAUGACACGCAUCCGCGAUGACAAGGACUGGAAGACCGCCACCAACUUGCACCAGCUUAAAGAGCUGUACCGCAUAUCAAAGGAGAACUGUGACUUUAAAGUGACAGCUGGACCGUCGACAUCCAGCGACGACAAGGGCUCCUCGGGAGGGGACAGCGGAGGAAACUCCCCGUCGGCCUCGUCCCGUGGAAGUGCUCCACCCAAGAAGACCAACAGCAAAACCCCGCCCAAACCAAAGGUGGUGAAAUCCCAGCCUCGCACUCCAGGCUCAGAAGCACCCAGUGCCAAGAAGAUCAAGACUGAAAGUGUUCCCCACCAGAUCAAGACUGAAAGUGUUCCCCACCCGAUCAAGAGUAAAAGUGUACACAGCAAUGGACAAAGCAAAGCAAAGGCAACCUCUCAGCUGCUGGAGCCAAGGAACGAUAAGACGCUGCUGGACAUCUUCAGUGGGGUGAAGCUUUUCCUGCCCGUCUCAGUGCAGGACUUUGACAAACUGAGGCGGUACUUUGUGGCGUACGACGGGGACCUCGUGCCGGACUACGACGCAGCUUCGGCCACACACACGCUGGCUGAACCUGACGAGGACAGCCAGGCCCAGAGAGUGUCACCCAGCUGGAUCUGGGAAUGUAUCCGCAAGAGGCGCGUUGUACCUCCCUGUUAACAAUAAAGAGAAGAACACACACAUUUUAUACACUGCGUUAACCUGUCCAUGAACUGCUGCACACCUGUGUAACUUAAUCGGUGUUAAACUUAUCAACAGGGUGGAUUUUUUUUGGGGGGUGUUAACUGUCACCAGACACUGUCCGUGGGUUCAAUAACACACUGCUCUCAGAGGUUGUUUUUAUUUACUCUUUUCAAGUUGUAUUUGUUUCGUACACUCGCAAACCAGCAGAGCUACACACUAUACGUUUAAUUUUGGGGAUUGUGAAUACUGGGGCCAGAUGUAGUCCAUAUACUGAUGGCAUUUUUGAUAAAACGAUGUCUGACUUCAUCCGUGUGUAUUGUAGAUGUAGAGUUUUUAUAAGAAAUGUCGAAGCAGCUACAAAUGAUCACUGUACAUCAUGGAAGUAAUUUUGUAACAUAAAUCACAGUACAGACGAGAAAAUGAAUAUGCAGCAGAAUUAAGAUUCAGGGUUUUAUCAGCAACAUUUUUACAGCCCGAGUGAAACAUUUUGCGAGGUAUUAAACUCCAGCUCAUGAACUGAGAGGAACCAAAUAUGUUUGUCAUUAGGAAUAAACAAAACGCUGAUAAAGAUAUUAAAAAUGUCUCAGUAACA